AUGGGUUGGCUGUAUGAGUUCUGGUUCGAGCUGAUCAAGGAUGGACAAUAUCUUUGGGAAAUUGAGAAAAUGCAUGACAAGUACGGCCCAAUCGUUCGCGUCAAUGCGAGAGAGCUACAUAUACGCGAUUCACAAUUUUACAGCACCAUCUACACUGCAGGUGGUCGAAAAGUUGACAAGGAUGCUGCAACUGUCAGGGCCUUUGGAGUUCCGUCGUCCGUCAUUGCAACCGUUGAUCACAAUCAUCACCGGGCACGCCUCGGCUACAUCAGCGCCUAUUUCUCUAGGCGCUCAGUCAUUAGUAUGGAGACAAUGAUGCACGAGCGUAUUGGCAAGCUAUGCCAUCGUCUUCAAACUUGCAUCAAAACCGGAGAGGUGGUUACCCUUGACUCGGCCUUUUCUGCCCUGACGGCCGAUAUUAUCACCCAACGUUUCUAUGGCGAGCACCUUAACUACCUCAAUAUCCCGGACUAUAAGAUGGCGGUGACUGAGGCUGCCCUCGGUGUGACGCUCGCCUUUCAUCUUGGCCGACUUAUUCCCGGCCUGGUGUCUGCCCUCAAGAAGAUGCCGAUAUGGCUCCUGCAGAUAAUCUUCCCACCUGUUGCAGACCUGCUAGUUUUGCAGCAGUCGCUCAAGCAUAAUAUCCUUUCCUCCUUAGAUGAUGACGCGCGCAAGAAAGAUUCCAAGUCGAUCAUUAUACAGGCGCUCAACGAUCCCAACAUUCCCCUUCCAGAGAGAGAGAUUGAUCGUUUGAUAGAUGAGAGCACCGCUUUUAUCCUCGCCGGGACCGAAACAACGUCGAGAGCGCUUAGUGUCGGAAUGCUACACCUCCUAACCGAUAAGACUCAUCUAAAGAAGCUGCGUGUGGAACUGAGUGCCUUGGCAUCCAAGCCAGACAACGACUACUCCAUGUCACAACUCGAAGCCCUUCCGUACCUGACGGGCGUUGUCCACGAGAGUAUGCGCCUGGCCUUCGGUCCUGUGAGCCGUCUCCCACGAGUGGCUACCCAUGAAUCGCUGCAUUACGGCGGCUUUACGAUUCCACCGGGAACGCCCGUCAGCCAGUCAACAUAUUUUGUACAUACUGAUCCCACAAUUUACCCCCACCCCCAUUGCUUCGAUCCCGAUCGAUGGACAAGAGCAGCACAAGACAGGUUCCCGCUAAAUAAGUUUCUUGUCAACUUUACCAAAGGCAGCAGGCAGUGCCUCGGUGUUCAGAUGGCAUUCACAGAACUUUACAUAACAAUCGCAAGACUUGUCGGCAACUUUGACAUGGAUCUUCACGAGACGACAAUAGAGGAUGUAAAGCUUCAUCGAGCCCACCUUUUCGGCUACCCGAAGAAGGCUGCAAAUACUGCAAAUGUGCGAGGCGAAAUUAUGGUCAAGGUGACGGGAAGAGCCAACGAGGGACGCAUUGGAGCAGUUCUCAAGGCCGAGACCUAA